UAUUUGCCUUUUAUGUGGUUUAAUUGUGCAAAAAAUAAACUAUAUAUAAACUAUUAACUAUUUUUUCAAAGUUUUGUCUUGUUUUCUUUGGUAUUUAAGGACAUUAAACACCAUAUUUUCCAUCAUAAUAUAAAGUCUUUGGAGAUAUGGUCCAUUAUAAAUCUUUAAAAGUUCUUCCAGAGUUUCUUGGUGUGAGAAAAAUGCCAGGAAAGGUGUUAAAACAAGAUGAACACAUUACAGUAGCUAAUUGGCCCCUGCAUCUGUCAUGCGUUACACCACUGUCGUAAAACGUCUCUGUCUGCUGUUGCAAUGGCGUUUGCUGCGACAGCACUUUCCGGCAGCAGGGAAAUCGAGGAGAAAGCAGCGACAAACGUCGCCAGCGGAUACGUUAUCGCCUCAAAAAGCCGUGGAUUUAUGCGAUAUUCGGUGAACUAACGUGUAUAUUGAUUGUAUAUCACUUCGCUUCGUGGAUGAGCUUGUGUUCAACGUUUUCAAAGCUUGAAUCUCCACCUUAAUGCGGUGGGAUGGCCACAGUGCCGCCUGGGCCUAGUAGCGCACUGCCUGCAUCCCCGGCUGAAAUUCCUCCUUUCCCCGGGGCUGGGAGCGCGGAGCCGGCGGGGGAAGACGGAGAGCCGGCCUGUCACAGGGAGGACUGUGUCCCCGCCGGUUCAGGGAAGACGUCGGAGCCGGUUAGCGAAGUCAAUAGGUCGGUUACGAAGAAGCAGAAAAACAUGCUAGCGCGAGCUAGCCCGGCGGCGCUGCACCUCAAAAUGCAAGCCCGAGAGCAGCAGCAGCUAAACGGCUUGGCCAGCCCCUUAGAGGACGCUGACAGCCACCAACACACAGGAAACCGGCCUGACAAUCCGAGACCGUCCGUGGACAACUGUGACAGCAGCAGCAGCGGCAGCAACGAGGAGGCUCCAGCCGCUAGAAACAAUAGUGAGCAUUGCCAACAUGAAGGCCACAGCCCCUUCUCCAAAAACGGCAGUCACUCUCCUCUAGUUAACAAUAGCAUGAACGGGAUGCCGGGUUUAACAAGAACUGAAGCGGCCCACAGCCAACCCGGGGACGAAGGGAAAGAGGAGUUUGACCUCACGGAGCCGCCGAGACCGCCGAGCGACGAGCCGCCGGACGCCGGGCCCGGCCGAGAAGAGAGCCUCGCUGACCCGCAGCAGCAGCAGCCGCCGGCCGCGGAGCUCGCCCGGCUCGACCUGAGCAGCUCUCCCGGCCGAGCGGAAGAGGACAGCCACGGCAUCCGCUAUGUCCGCUACGAGUCCGAGCUGCAGAUGCCGUGGAUCAUGAGACUGAUCACCAAGGACUUGUCUGAGCCUUAUUCAAUUUACACCUACAGGUACUUCAUCCACAACUGGCCGCAGCUCUGCUUUCUGGCCAUGGUGGAGCAGGAGUGUGUCGGAGCCAUCGUAUGUAAGCUUGACAUGCACAAGAAGAUGUUCCGUCGUGGCUACAUCGCCAUGCUGGCCGUGGACUCGAAACACAGAAGGAAAAGCAUCGGUACUAAUCUGGUGAAGAAGGCCAUCUACGCUAUGGUGGAGGGUGACUGUGACGAGGUCGUAUUGGAGACUGAAAUCACCAACAAAUCAGCCCUGAAGCUGUACGAGAACUUGGGUUUUGUCAGAGACAAGCGGCUGUUCAGAUACUACCUGAACGGAGUGGAUGCGCUGCGGCUCAAACUGUGGCUCCGCUAAGAGGAAAGAAGAAGAGGGGACGGGGGAGGACGGGACAGCGGGUGCUGUUCACCUCGUACGCUAUCGGCUUGACAGCCUCAGCUCUGCCCUGGUCAUUUCACUCUUAUACACAACACAUACACACACACACACACACACACACACCUGUGUACAAACAUAAGGAGUAUGCACAUAGGUAUGCAUAGACACGCAGACACACCCUCUUUUUGUCCUCGACCUCCGAACAACUGUUGUUUAGGCAGAAAUGAACUGACAUCCCACCUGAUGUUCUCAUGAAGGUGCCCCCGAUACUUCCUGUGACGAGGACAGGGGGGCGAGAGAGGGUGGUCUCUGGGAUGACCUUGACUGGGGACUAGAUGACCUUUUGACCUUCGAGCUUGGAUGCCGCAUUGACCCGGGACGUGAGGCGGGAGGCAGCUCAAGUGAGGACGUGCGUCCGAACCCCAGAGGACAUGGCACCACAGCGAGUCCUCCUGCAGAACACAGGACACAAACAGACUUAAAGAAAACAACAACACGUGAAACAAGGAGGCGGGGGCGGUAAAAACAGACUGGGAAGAAAAUAUUUGUGGAGUUUAUUUUUGUGUUUCUUUUUUAACCUUGUGAGUUGGACGGGGGGACGGGAAAAGCUAAAGUAUGACUGCGUGUUUGUACCGCCUCAUUUUGUUUUUUGUUUUUCCUUUGGAGUGUUUGGCUUGUUUUUGUGUGCAUGUGUACGUGGCGUGGUUGGUUUCACUGUGAGCAGGUGAACGUGUUUGUGCGACUGUGUGAGCGCAUGCUUGGUUGUGCGUACUGUUGUGUGUUUUCCGUUUCCCAUCAUCCUGUCCAGCGGGCGCAGCGGCUACUCGCUGCUGUUUCCAUCACCUGCCUCAGCCUCCGGGACUGAAGCCUGUAAAGAUAUGCAUGCAUUUAUUUUAAAGUGAGUGCGGGGGAAAGUGUGCAGAGUGUGUGUUGAUUAACCCAGUCGAACCCCCUUCCUGCGUUUGGUGUAAGCAUGUUGGUGCAGAGCAGUUGAUCGAAAAACGAAUCACUCCAUUAGCGCCUCAAACUUUGCCCGACUGGUGGAUCUGACACCUUUUUGCUUCAGUGUCCUUCUCUUAAUCUCAUCAUCAAACCCCUGACAGUAUGGGUGAGUCUUUUCCUUCCUAUUUUUGCAAAUCAGAACGUGUUUUCCCCGAUUGCACUGCCAGCCGCUGCAAAAUUCCCCAGAAAAAAGAGUCUUCUAAAGAGACUCCUUGCCAAUGAUGGCGUGGUCAAAUGCGUCCUUGCCGUCUCAGUUUACUCCUUUUAGAUUAUUCGUCUGUUUCUCCUCAUUGCAAGUGCCACUCAAUCCAUCAGCACUCAGCCACAACUGCAGUGACGUUCCUGCCAACAGGCGUCACACGGCAGCCUCGGCCCGCUUCUGGUCUGCGCUCGGCGCCAGACCAAAGGCAAAGUGUUACAUAUGCUGGAACCUUGUUUGAGUAUGCUGUGCGUGUGUGUGUGUGCGUGUGUGUGUGUUUAAGGAAAAUAGACAAGUAUUCUUAGCAGAUUAUAUUUUAUUCUUUCAGUUUGUUUAGAUUGUCUAAUAUACACCUGUAUAACCUCACGCUGCUCGCGAGCGGCUGAGUCCACAAUGCACUUCCCAGGUGCCCUAACUCAAUGCACAACCAACCUCGCUAACAUGUUAAGAUCUCCAACCUGGAACACGUCAUAGAUGCACCCGGACGUUCCAAUCCACACUAAUUAUGGCAAAGAAAAUUUGCUUCAACUGCUUUUUUUUUUUUUUCUUUAAAAUAAUAUGAACAAAGGUCAGAUGCACUUCUUUGGAAAUUGCUGCAGUGUGUAUGUGUCCGUAUGAAUGUGUCCUGUUUUUGACAAUGGUGUGGAUCUGUUAGACUUUUAUUUCUCUACUUUCAGAGGCCCCGCACAGGAAGAUCAUAGCCUUUGAGGUGCUGUGUUUUGUUCCGACCUAAUAAGGACAAGAGAAAAGAACAAAUCACACACUUCAUUUUUUUUUUUGCUUUCCAGGAUUCGACUUAGUGCUCAGUGUGAUAGAAAGGGCAGGAGACAGUUUGGAUGACAGUUGAGGGGAGAAUAAACCCUAAAUCAGCUUUGAUUUUUUAUUUUUUUUAAAGUCAAAUUAAAAAACCACCAGCAUCACAACUGGUUAAAGAAAUACUUCACGUUCACAGUGCCCAUUUCACUCAGCGCAUUGCGUUAAAAUUGUGGUUAAAACUUUGUUUUUCUCGCAUGCCUCCCCCGUGAACGGAGAAUCCAAAAAAUCCAAAAAACACACCUCAGUAAAAACAGUCUCAUGCACAGCUGAGAAGCCUUUCUGGACGUAUGCAUGCUCUUGAACUCUGCUGAAGUGGAGCUCAUACGCAACUGCGUGCUCAGGUCCACUCAGGGCAAGUUAUUUGCCGACAGAAGUGUUUACUUUUGUCACGUUUUAGCGAAAAUGCAUGUGUUUGAGAAGUACUACGCAUAGUGCUGGAUAAAUGAAACAUGAAUUGUACUGCAGGAGUUGUGUGAGAGUUUGUAAAUGGAUGACAGUGACUUCAAUUCAUGAAGCAUCUUCUCAGUUUUUGGAUUCUCCACUCUUAGUGAGGCAAGCAAGAAAACAAAGUUGUCUUAUGAAUUCAGGGUAACAAACGGAGAGUAAUUGAUUAUCAGAUGGUCAUUUUGCGGGUGAAGUAUUCACGUAAUGCCAGUUUAAAGGUAAAAUUCACCACCUGUUACGUGGAUGUCCAACUAGUGUUGAUGGUAAAUGUAGUCCGUUGAAGAAAGUGCGCGCUAAAUUGACUAAGAAAGCAAAAGUCCUGUUGCAGGGCAGUGCCUACAUGUACCAGAAUGCAUUGUGUACGAUACUACUUUGCUGGCCAAAACAUAGCGUUGCGAGGUUAUCAGCUGCACGUGUACUUCUGCAGGCAACUAAAUAAAAAUGGGGAGGCUCUAUAGUCUGAAUCGGCGAGAACCAAGACGUCAACACUAUUUAUUAUUUUUCCCAUGGCCCAUGGCAGUGCAUCAUCACUUCACUCCUUCUGUAUUUUACCUUUCACAAUAAAAGCCCAACGUUAAUUACUCAGCAUUUCGUUAAGAGGCGGUUUCAGAACUUAUUGUCUAUCUACAAAAAAGCCUCUGGGGGCGAGGGCCAUUAUGUCAAGCUGAUCCAGUGAGGUUGCAGAUAACUGGGCCAAGACUACUUCUUCUGUACAUCGUUCGUUUUGGCUAAUCUCUCUAACCAGAUAUCUGCACAUGAAUGCAAAUAAAUUACUAAACUUAAUAUAAAGCUAACUCAUUGUCAGGAUCUGAACACUGCAGAUACCAACAUUUUGUGGCCCACAGAUUCUGCAUACAUGUGUAGAAUCUGUCAAUAGAUUACCAACAAAAUAGCUUACAGUAGGGUAAGGUAACAAACUCUCAGUGGUCAUCUGCCCUCUCGGACCUGCUGGUCUUGGUUUAUCUUUGGGAUCCUAAAAAAGGUCUCCAACACCUCUGUCCAUGUGAGGAACAAAACUUUAAUGCAUUGUUAUGCGCACACGGGCUCUCUUAGGCUCUCCCAGUGUCGCUAAUAGCAUUCAACAAAGACUCUUGAUGUUAACUGCAGCAGGAUGAUUCAGUUUCUGUCGACAUCGGAGGGCAAUUUGAGCAAAGUCUCCACCAGUCGGUGUUAACUCUCAGCAGCUCAGAUUCUGGAGGGUCUAACACAGCUCAUGCAGCUACAACCUCGGCCCUUUCCUGCAUAAAAAGUAUCUCCAUCUGUAACACCUCUCCACUCAUAUUUCAGGAUGCCAUUAAUGGUGUUGGAAACUAGUUUGCAAUACAGACUAGGAGAAUAAGGAAGGUCUGUUUUUGAGGGUCAUCUAGAACACGCCCCCGGGUUGCCCCAAGGCAAAACCCAACCUGUAGUUCUUCCUGCAUCCAGCCAUGUCACUGUCACAUCAAAUGACGACGCAGAAUGCAAGAAGAGAAUCAGAUAUGCAGCUGCAAACUCAGCUUUCUGGGUCAGCAGAAUUUAUUGUUUCAAUUUUAAUGCUUUAACUACAUUCACCAUCCACAAUGAUUGGACAUCCACACAAAUGUUGGCGAAUUUCCCUCUAAGUAAACUUCAAAUUAUGCAGUUGGACAUCUGCAUGCUUUCAUCCUGCCUACAACAUUCAGAGUAGAAAUCACUGCGAGACGCUGCCAUGUGGCACAAGCAGAGGAAAAUCUGCUACGAAAUAUUGGCUACAGAACAAACAAAAGCCUCCUGCAAACAUUAGUGGACCUCAGAUGUUUUAACGAUACAAGGACUGAUCUCGUCUGAGCUCCAUGAAUGACACUACCGGACCUCGCUCACGUUAUGGGUUUAUCUCCCCUUCUAUAUUUCACCGCAGGAGCCCAGGACUGAAAGGGAGAGUAGAUGUUUACAGAGUCGCCACCCUCAUAACAGCCUGUGUAUGUACGUUUGUGUCUGUGCAUUUGGAACAAUGGAUCAGAUGACCUAUUUUUCUUUUUGUUUCUUUUUUUUUUUCAGAUUUGUAUAUGAGUGUUGUUCUAUUCCUCGGAUAUAUUGAGAGCAUGUUUUUUUGUGAAUCAUCUGUUGGGAAGGGGGCGGUUUGGGUUGAUUUAUCAGAUUUGAUUUUUAUUUUUAAUUUCUGUGCUACUUUAGCCCAUCCAGAGGAGAAUUAUGAGCAGUUCACAGUGUGAUACGAAAUCGCUCCGGACCGUCAACACCAAUUAUCUUUACUGCUCAUCUGACACUCUAAAUUUCAAUCAUCACCCCGUGUAAACUCCUAGAUUAUUUUGGACAUUUAAAUCUUCUGUCCCUGCGUUGGACACUCGUCUCCCCCUCCUCUGUCCCCUCACUGUCCGGGCCUUUGCUUCUUUUAUACAGUGACUACUGAUGGAUGAAAGGACAGGAUAGGUAACACCGUAUAAAAUGAACUCGUCUUUCAAACCAGCUGUCAGUAUGAGGAGGCGUUUUAGACUUUGAAGGAAAAGUGUCUUUUUUUGUUUUACUCCUGUGAAACUCUGGCAGUUCCAUGUGGGCAUUACAGCCUGUCACAAAGAGCCAAAGUGCUCCGUUUAGCUCAUGAUCACAGACUGAAGGGCUUCGUCAUCAAUAUCAGUUUGUAGCCAUGGCCUGUGGUGUUGCUCUCUCUGACAAUGCAUUUGGAAUAAGUUUUGACUUGACAUGCCAGUUCAGUGUUCACAGAUGUCUGAGGCAGUUUCUUCCCUGCGCCUGGACGUCCGCUGCGCUAAUCCAGGUAGCUCGUUCUAACAAUCACCACUUUUCUGUCCUCACCUGGGACGACAUCUGCCACUCUACGUUUCUAGUGUUACAAUUAUAAAUUCCCCCAGAAACCAGUUUCCCGAUCGGAUAAACAUUUGUCUCGGCUGUCAUGCUGCACCACAGAAAGCUGUGGUCCCUUCAACCAACCAAUCUACCAAUCUAUUAACCAUGGGGGCUCUCUGCAGUCUUUUCAGGGCGGCCAGCACCCCCUCCACCGCCAUCCACAAAGUGUGCAAAGGGGAGAGCAAAAAGUUUUUUUUGCAUGUCAGAUUUCUGUUUCCCCUGUUCCUCCUUCCUGUCCCCUCUCUUGAUUUUGAUCUGGAAAUGUCCGAUAGCUUUUAUUUAAUGUGGAAAAAGAACACAGAAAUAAAUUAUUUGAUUUUUUUAAUGCUGUAAA